GAAGCAUCUGAUGACCCAAACAAUAUUUCAAAUUUAUAAGUAGCAUUAAAAACAAAUUAUUAUAAGUAGCGUUGUUUCUGUCUAUCGCUUUCUGUCAUGUGGUGGUCUGACGGACUUACACAGUGACACUCCAUUGGAAGCUACUUCUUUACUAAGCUAUUCUUUGUUCACUGUUUGGUCACUCCUCAGACAGACACUCUUUGAAAGCUCCCUCCUUUCAUAACUUUUUCCCGCUUUAUAAAGGAAGGAUAAUAUUGGUUAACUGCUCACUGUAAAUUUUUCGAUUCUUCAAAUUUUGAUUGGAAGCAAUCUGUUUAUAAAAGUUCUUCAAUCUCGCAGUGGGUUCAUCCGAUUUCUAAUUUUUUUGGUUGGGGGAGAAAGAGAGAGUGAGUGAGAGAGUGGAGAGUUUGCUUUUAAAUUGAUCGAUUUUAUUUCAGCUGCCAUGGAACCUGCUGACAUGGACAUAGAUGCAACCCAACAAGUUGCGGCUGAUCGUCUCCCUUUUGCUAGAAGCUAUCAACUGGAGGCACUGGAGAAAGCCAUACAACAGAACACAGUACUGUUCUUGGAGACUGGUUCUGGCAAGACUCUGGUUGCGAUAAUGCUUCUGCGUACUUUUGCCUAUCUUAUUCGCAAGCCUUCACCUUACGUUGCUGUUUUCUUGGUUCCCCAAGUUGUCCUGGUCAAACAACAAGCUGAAGCUGUGGAAACACAUACUGACUUGAAUGUGGGUAAGUACUGGGGGGAAAUGGAAGUUGACUACUGGGAUGCUGCUAUUUGGAAGCAACAAAUACACAAGUAUGAGGUGCUUGUGAUGACACCACAGAUUUUGCUUGAUGGCUUAAGGCAUAGUUUUUUAAAGCUAGACUUAAUAAAGGUUUUGAUAUUUGAUGAAUGUCAUCAUGCGAGGGGUAAACACCCAUAUGCUUGUAUUUUGACAGAGUUCUAUCACCGUCUGUUGAAUUCUGGAACAAAAAUGGGCGAUCUUCCUAGGAUAUUUGGGAUGACAGCUUCUCCAAUAAAGUCGAAGGGAGCAAACUCGGAAUUGGCCUAUUGGAACAAUAUUCGGGAGCUUGAGAAUUUGAUGUUUUCAAAGGUGUACACGUGUGCUAGUGAAUCCGUACUUGCGGAGUUUAUACCAUUUUCAACUCCAAAAUUUAAAUUUUACAAGCACGUCAACAUCCCUUAUCCUAUAUAUGCAAGUUUAGCUGACAUUUUGAAUAUUUUGAAGGCAAAGUCUGAAUGUCGCUUGAAGCAAUCAGAUCUUAUUGAUUCUGUGGUGGAAUCUACAAAGAAGAGAAUAUCAAAAACACAUUCUACUUUGAUGUAUUGUUUGGAUGAACUUGGUGUUUGGUUUGCUUUUAAGGCUGCACAUAUCUUAUCAUGCCAUGACAAUGGCCUUCUUUCAUGGAGUAAAUUAGACAUCUCUGAUGAAAGUAUUGCUAAAGAGUUCAGUUUGAUUGCUUCACAAGAAUUCGAUAAAUGUAUUAAAACUGCUACUGAACAUCUGGGCCCAACAUGGUCUAUUGGUGAUAAUCUUAAAGCUGAUAUCGAUGCAGGGCUUUUGACUACAAAAAUUUUUUGCCUCAGCGAGUCACUUCUUGAAUAUAGAGAUUUAAAGGACAUAAGAUGUAUAGUUUUUGUGGAAAGGGUCAUGACAGCAAUUGUUCUUCAGUCGUUUCUGAGUGAGUUGCUUCCAAGACAUAAUGGCUGGAAGACUAAAUAUAUAGCAGGAAAUAACUCAUGUUUGCAAACACAGACAAGGAAAACACAGAAUGAAAUUGUGGAAGAAUUUCGUGAAGGCAAGGUGAAUAUAAUUGUUGCAACUUCAAUUCUUGAGGAAGGUUUAGAUGUCCAAAGUUGCAACUUGGUGGUUAGAUUCGACCCUUCAGCUACAGUGAGCAGUUUCAUACAGUCCCGGGGUCGUGCUCGGAUGCAGAAUUCUGACUACUUGUUAAUGGUGAAGAAGGGGGAUCUUUCUACAAGUUCUCGACUGCGGAACUAUCUUGCUAGUGGAGAGAUAAUGCGAAAGGAGUCUAUACGUCAUGCUACUGUUCCUUGUUCACCUCUUAGGAGUGAAAUGUGUGAGGAUGAGUAUUAUUGUGUCGAAAGCACUAAGGCAAUCGCAACUCUUAGUUCUAGCAUUACUUUGAUAUACAUAUAUUGCUCACGUCUCCCUUCUGACGGGUAUUUUAAACCUUCCCCUAGGUGUCUUAUAGACAAGGAGAAGGAGACUUGCACCUUGAUUCUUCCAAAGAGUUGCCCCAUACAAACUAUUCAUGUACAGGGAAAUAUUAAAACUUUAAAGCAGAAGGCAUGCCUUGAAGCCUGCAGGCAACUGCACCAGAUUGGUGCUUUAACCGAUAAUCUAGUUCCUGAUAUUGUUAUAGAAGAGGCUGUUGCUCAAGAAGUUGGGAAUAUACCAUAUGAUGAUGAACAACCUGUGUACUUCCCACCUGAGCUUGUCAGUCAAGGUUCACAGGGGUUAAAAACAAAGUACUAUUGCUACUUGAUUGAAUUAAACCAGAAUUUUGAUCAUGAUAUUCCUGUACAUAAUAUUGUCCUUGUCAUGAGGAGUGAGCUGGACCCAGAUAUCUCAAGUCUCAAUUUUGACUUAGAAGUUGAUAGAGGGCUACUGACGGUGAAAUUAAAGUAUAUAGGGGAGAUUCAUCUUACUCCAGUGAUGGUCCUUACAUGCAGGCACUUUUUAACUAAUCUUUUCAAAGUUCUUAUGGAUCAUAGUCAAAAUAAAUUGGAAGAGGUCUUAAAUGGACUGGAGCAAAGGAAUGCUUCCGAGAUUGAUUAUUUCCUGCUACCAGCCAUGAUAUCGUGCCAAAAACCUUCUAUUGACUGGAAGUCUGUCACAUCAGUAUUUUUCCCAAAUAAAAAUGCUUUGAAGGACCAUGUAAGCUGUCCUCUGAAGAAUAGUGUACGUAUUAUACAAACCAAAAAUGGCCCGGUAUGCAAAUGCAUGCUUCAGAAUUCUUUAGUAUGCACACCGCAUACCGGAAAAGUUUAUUGCAUCAAAGGUAUAUUCGAUGACUUGGAUGGACAUUCAAUUUUGAAGCUAAGGAAUGGAGAUUAUAAGACUUACAAGGAGUACUACAGAGAUCAGUAUGGUAUCCAACUGUGUUUUGAUCAAGAACUUCUUCUUAGUGGGCGACAUAUUUUUCCUUUGCACAAUUAUCUUCAAAGAUGCAGACAACAGAAGGGGAAAGAAACACAAAAUGGAUAUGUGGAGUUGCCCCCUGAACUUUGUUGCAUUAUUAUGUCGCCUAUAUCAAUCAGUACUAUUUAUUCAUUUACGUUUAUUCCAUCGAUCCUGCAUCGGCUUGAGUCUUUGCUUAUUGCUAUUAACUUGAAGAAGAUCCACUUGGAUCAGUGUUUGCAAAAUUUUACUAUUCCAACCAUGAAGGUUUUGGAAGCAAUUACCACUAAAAAGUGCCAAGAGAUAUUUCAUUUGGAAUCACUCGAGACUCUCGGGGAUUCUUUUCUGAAAUAUGCUGCUAGCCAGCAAUUAUUUAAAAAUUACCAAAAUGAUCACGAGGGUCUUCUCAGUAUUAAGAAGGACAAGAUUAUUAGUAAUGCUACACUAUGCAAACUAGGAUGUGGCCGCAAACUUCCGGGAUUUAUCCGCAAUGAACCUUUUGAUCCUAAAAAUUGGAUGAUUCCUGGUGACAAUUCUGGAAACUACUCAUUAAAUGAGGAGUUUCUAUCUAAUACAAGAAAAAUAUAUGUGACUGGAAGAAGAAAGUUAAAAGAAAAGGUUGUUGCUGAUGUUGUCGAGGCACUAAUUGGUGCUUAUCUUAGCACAGGCGGUGAAAUAGCAGGCUUAUUAUUUCUAGAUUGGAUUGGUAUUAAGGCAGAAUUUGACAAUAUACCAUAUGUACGGCACUUCGAAGUUAAGGCAGAGAGGCUUGUUAAUGUCAGUUAUUUGGAGUCAUUAUUGAACUACCAAUUUAGGGACCCUUCUCUGUUAGUGGAAGCAUUGACUCAUGGUUCUUACAUGCUCCCCGAAGUUCCAAGAUGCUAUCAGCGGCUGGAAUUUCUUGGAGACUCGGUGUUAGACUAUCUAAUUACAGUAUAUUUGUAUAAGCAGUAUCCUGGGAUGUCACCAGGUCUGUUAACUGAUAUGAGAUCUGCUUCUGUGAACAACGACUGCUAUGCACAAUCUGCUGUUAGGGGAGGACUACAUAAAUACAUCUGCCAUGCAUCUCAAAAACUUCACAAGGAUAUUGCAAUUGCAGUUGAAAAUUUUAACAAUGUUUCUUCAGCACCAACUUUUGGAUGGGAAUCUGAGACAUCUUUCCCCAAGGUACUUGGAGAUGUAAUAGAGUCUCUAGCUGGGGCUAUUUAUGUUGAUUCAGGAUACAACAAAGAAGCAGUCUUUCGGAGCAUAAGGCCACUUUUGGAGCCUUUGAUUACUCCAGAGACAAUUAGAUUGCAUCCUGUGCGAGAGCUAAAUGAAUUAUGUCAGAAAAAUAAUUUUGAAAAGAGCAAAUCUGUCGUUCAGCGCAAGAACGGGAUGUAUUCUGUCACUGAAGAGGUCGUUGCUCAUGGUGAAAUAUUUAAGCAUACAUCUGAGGCUGCUGAUAAGAAAACAGCUAAAAGAGUAGCUUCCAAAGAGGUCUUGAGAGCCUUGAAGGAUACCAUCUACAGGAUAAGUGCAGAAAGAGCAAAGUAGACCUUUGGGCAAUUAAAAGCUGCUUUAUAAGGGAGAGUUCUACCAAAAAUGUAAUAGAUGACUAGUAUUUGUACCAUCAAAAUGUAUCAGGAAAAGUGCACUUAUAAUGUUACUUUAACUUAAUAGAGUGCUUUUUCUGAGCAUAAUCCCCUGCA